CGUGACUCACGUGGAGUUGAAUUACACAUCUUUUGUAACAUUCCUGAAACUGAUGUUACAAAACCCAAGACGGAGCUCUCGUAUUCAUAAAACUCCUGACCAUGAGCCAUAACUGCAUUCUCUGGUUCCGCAAGGGCUUGCGUUUGCAUGACAACCCUGCUCUUAUCGCUGCCUUGAAGGACUGUAGACACAUCUACCCACUGUUCCUGCUGGACCCCUGGUACGCCAACAACACCCCAAUCGGCAUUAACCGAUGGAGAUUUCUGAUCGAAGCGCUCAAAGACCUCGAUUCCAGUCUGAGGAAACUCAACUCCAGGCUUUUUGUUCUCAGAGGGUCACCCACAGAGAUCCUCCCAAAGCUCUUUGACAAAUGGAAGAUCACGCGCUUGACUUUUGAAGUUGACACAGAACCGUACAGUCAGAGCAGAGACAAAGAGGUCAUGAAGUUAGCCGAGGAACACGGCGUGGAAGUUAUUUCGAAGACUUCCCACACCCUCUACAACAUUGACAGGAUUAUCGACGAGAACAACGGAAAGGCUCCAUUGACUUACGUUCGGUUCCAGACUGUGGUCAGAGACAUCGGGUUACCCAAAAAACCUGUUCCUGCUCCAACCGAAGAGGACGUGAAGGAUGUGUUGACGCCAUUUUCUAAGAACCACGAGGAGGAGUUUGGGAUUCCAACUCUUGAAGAUCUUGGGCUGGACACAUCAUGUUUAGGUCCAGAUCUGUUUCCAGGGGGUGAGACUGAAGCCCUGCGUAGGCUGGAUGAGCACAUGAAGAGAACGGGUUGGGUCUGCAGCUUUGAAAAACCAAAGACAUCCCCCAACGCUUUAACGGCCAGCACUACCGUCCUGAGUCCCUACGUCCGAUUUGGCUGUUUAUCUGCGCGCACCUUCUGGUGGAGUCUCACGGAUGUGUACAGGGGGAAAAAGCACUCUGAUCCUCCAGUGUCUCUGCACGGACAACUGCUCUGGAGAGAGUUUUUCUACACCACAGCUGUCGGGAUCCCAAACUUCAACAAGAUGGAAGGCAACCCUCACUGCGUCCAGGUGGACUGGGACGAGAAUCCUGAGCACCUGGCGGCAUGGAGGGAGGCCCGCAACGGGUUCCCCUUCAUUGACGCAAUCAUGACACAGCUGCAACAGGAGGGAUGGAUCCAUCACCUGGCGCGGCAUGCGGUUGCAUGUUUCCUGACUCGAGGAGACUUGUGGACAAGUUGGGAGGAGGGCCAGAAGGUGUUUGAAGAGUUACUGCUGGAUGCCGAUUGGUCGUUAAAUGCCGGAAACUGGCAGUGGCUCUCAGCCAGCGCGUUUUUUCAUCAGUACUUCAGGGUUUACUCUCCUAUCGCCUUUGGAAAGAAAACGGAUAAAUAUGGAGAUUACAUCAAGAAAUAUCUUCCAGUGCUGAAGAAAUUUCCAGCAGAGUACAUAUAUGAACCCUGGAAGGCUCCUCGGAGCAUUCAGGAAAGAGCAGGGUGCAUUGUGGGAAAAGAUUAUCCUCGACCUAUCGUGGAGCAUGAAGUCAUACAUAAAAAGAAUAUUCAGAGAAUGAAGGCAGCAUAUGCAAAGCGCUCUUCAGAAGAUCAGGAUGACAAAACAAAGACGAAAGGUAAAAAACGCAAAGUGAAUGAAAGUAUUAAGAACAUGUUUGAAAAGAAGGCAAAAAGAUAAAAUCACAACAGACUUGACAGAUUUCUGUAUUUGUGGGUCAAAUGUUGUCCUUUGUAGAACUCUUUUAGAACAUUGAUGCAUACGGUUUAAAGACGGGCAUUUUUUGUAAUAAUAAUCAAUAGUGGUUUGUUUUUAUUGUACUGCCUUGCUGACAGCUAGUUAGAUAUAGAUAUUCAAGGUGGAAGCAAAUCGUUAAAGACAAGUAAAUAUGUGCAGUUUGAAUGUCUAGCAUGGAUGCUUGGGAUUUUAAAACAAAGAUUUUAAGACGGGCAUCUAUUGCUUAUUAAAGUUACUAACCAGUUAAAGUAAUUUUACUGAAUGUUAAAUAUUUAACUUGGCAAAUUUUCCUUGACAUGGAUGUAUUUUGUUAAAGUGAGUAGUUGAGAUCUCUGUAAAAUAUGCAGUAUUACUAUCUUUUAUAUAUUUGAAAUACAGUGGAAAUUCUAGUGUUCUGUUAGAUUUAACAGAUAUAUAUUACAUUUCGUCCAGUUCAAGUUCAUGAUUAUCUUUUGUAUUAAUUUCCAAAACAAUCAUGCAAUGUAAAUAUCUACAACAAUUUACAAAUAAAAACCUUAACCCCU